GUUCUUGCCCUAAUUGAAUCUUGUUAUGUCUGUUAAUCCACUUUGUCGUGUGGGAUGGACUCGUUUUUCACCGGUUUCUUUCAUUCUAUCGGAAACUUGUUUGGUUCGCCGCUUGAUUUUCUUUCUGGAAAAUCUUGCAGGUAUCUUCCAUAAACCCAUCAACUUCUUCUUCAAUAGUUUUAUGGACUCUGCUUAUCUGUAAGCGUAAGAAUAUCUUUUACUUGGAACAGUCUGGUUUGUCCAUCACCGUGGGAUGUGUUAUGUGCUACGUCAAUUUCCAAGCAGCCUUAAUCCUAAUCGUAGCCUACUUGUUCCCAGUGGCAGAGUAUUCUAAGAAUAGACAAGGACUGGAGUAAGAUAAGUACGACCAAGCCAGCCUUGCACGUGGAUCCAGUUGUGCUGUGUAGUUGAGAGAGAGCAUGUUCAGGAACAGGGUGCCGAAUGCGUUGCAAGGUUUUGCCUCGAGCCAAGGAAAAUUCUUUGUAUAUUUUAUCAUAUCUGACUACAAAUCCAUAACGGAUCAGAUCUAAAUGUAAUUAUCAGUAUUAUUUUUUGAGUUGACCAUUUACUUUCUCCCAAAGUCACCAACCUGAUAUCUCAUUUGAUUCCAUCCUAUGGAUCACGUGACAAUGUAACAUCCAAUGAUUGAUCGCCAUGUGAAAUUUAUGACCGUUAAGCUGCUAAAUAAAUAUCUCCCAAAGCUUCCAGGUAGAGCUCAGAGAGAUCGAAAAUGACGAUGAGGAGGGGAUACGCGUUGUUCACGAUCUUUGCAUUGACGUUGUUGACUUCCUCAGUAAGAAGCGAGGAGACAGAGACGAAGGAGUUCGUGUUGACCUUGGAUCACUCAAACUUCACCGGAGUUCUCUCUCCACCGGUGUAUCCGUCCAGACUCUGAAAUCUCUCUCUCUUCGAAGCCUCUCGAUAAGCAGCCAUCUGAUGGCAAACCCGAUUGGAGAAGACGCAAUACGCGAGAGGGAUGCGUCAAGAGCCUCCUCUUGUACGCAGUGGAGCCAGUGGCAAUUACUCGAUUCCAUUUUACCGACCGGAGGCUUCGCUCAUUCCUUCGGUCUCGAAGCAGCUGUUCAGACACGUUUAGUUUCGUCUCCAACAGAUCUCGAAACCCACAUCAUACAUGUCUUGGACAACACAGCUAGCUUACUCCUUCCUUUUGUCUACUCUUCCCUCAAAUCCCCCGACAUAGAAACAUGGCAAAGACUCGAUCUUUUACUCGACACGACCUUGACGAACCAAGUCUCUUCAAAGGCAUCGAUCUCCCAAGGUUCAGCCUUGCUCCGAAUCGCUGCUUCGGUUUUCACCGAGAUCCCGUCUCUGAAGAUUAUCAGAGACGCCUCUCUGGGCUCCAAGGAGUUACGUUUCCACCAUGCUCCCAUCUUUGGGCUUGUAUGUGGCUUGCUCGGUAUGGAUUCAGAGACUUCUCAGAGGGCUUACCUGUUUGUUACGCUGAGAGAUGUUGUAUCGGCUGCAACCAGGUUGAACUUAGUGGGACCGAUGGGUGCUUCGGUGAUGCAGCAUCGUAUCGCGAUUGUGGCUGAAACCGUUUUAGAGAAAUGGAAGGAUCGAGAUGCUAGUGAAGCGUGUCAGACGUCUCCUUUGCUAGAUGUUGUGCAAGGUUGUCACGGUUACUUGUUUUCUAGAUUGUUUUGCUCUUGAGAAAGGAUCUAUUUAUAUGGAACUAUAUGUAUUUUAAAACAUUUGUAUCUCUAACCCUGCUCACAAAAUUUGGGGAUUGAGUAUUCAUCUCUGAGAGAAGUGGAGGUUGUGUAAACACGCAUGUAAAACUGUUGUCUCAAGUAUUGUACCUUUCCUACAAAUCUGAUCUUAUGUUUCACAUUCUUACAUAUGUACAUUGCAGUUCAUGAUACUUUAGCAUAAAAACAAAU